GCGCGUGAAUCUAACUAUAAAUGUGUUGCAAACAGUUAAGCUGGAGACUUUUCAUUUCAGAAUAUUUUUCAGAAGCAAAAGGAGGGAGGAAAAAAAAACCAACAUAUCGCACACCCCCUGGUCUAAAUUUAGUUUGGAGAAAUGGUAGGCGCCAACCCGAAUGAGCGAUCCCAUAUUCAGGAAGAGAGCAGGCAAAAAAAAAAAAAAAAGACAAGGAAGAAGGGAAGAAUCAGGGAAUUGCUGUUGCCUCUUCACUGUCUAAACAGCAGCACGCCGUCGAGUGCCAUUGGAUUGUGUUCGUGGUCCCCAGAGGGUGCUGAGGGUAAGGAAGCCUCUAAAGUCACAAAGCAAGAGAAACCUGCUCCGCCCAAAGCUGAGGUGAAGCCCAAGAAGACCGUUGUCAAGAAGGAAGAAAAAGGAGCAAAGGCCAAGAAGGGCGGCGGUAAGGGGAAGAAGGAAGAUGGUCCGGCCCAGAACGGGGAGACCAAGGCCAACGAGAUCUAUGUGUCUCGUCCAUCUGUGAGUGUGUCCUCCAUCAGAAGCAUGGCUCCCUCCUUGAUGUCAGUGAAAGGGCAGAGCGAGACAGUCAGAGUUAAGGGUCUCUGAAGCAGCAGAAGAGGCGACCGACGAGAAGGCGUAAGGAUUCCAACUCGUCCACCGACUCGUCCGCUCCAACUCCAUGGCAGCAAAGCAUCUUUUUUUACUGAUGAUUUUUUUUUUUUUUUGUACCAUGCCAUCUUUUUUUUUCUCUCUCUCUCUUUUUUUGAUUAGCGAUAGCGAUGGACAACCAGCAGAACCCUCAUCCUCCCGCUCCCUCUUGCAUCCCGUGUUGCUUUAGAAUACAGCGUUCAUCUUAGAUGUACAAAGGCACAUUGAAGUGAUUUUAUCAGACAGUUGCAGAUGUUAUUUGUGAUGCCUGAAAAAAAAAAGAAGAAAAAACGAGAUUCUGGGGCAUAAAUGUGACUGUUAUGAUCUCUAAACCAGUUUGGCCUCCUAUUUGUAGUUAUUCCUCUGCGAAGAAGGUCACCAUUAUCGUCCUGUCAUGAGGAGAUGCCCUGAUCUCUAGCCCUCUCCCUCGCCGCCCCCCAGACUCUUUGGGGUAAGGUGGAAAGUUAAAAAUGCAGAGCAGUGGGAGACCAGACAACAUAAGAAACAUCUGCAGUUAAAAAAAAAAAAAAAUACAAUUCCUAGUUUUUAGAAUCCCUAAUGCCGUUCCACAUGGCUCCUUUUGUAUGUGUGUGUUGGAGUGGAAGUGUUUGUGGGUAUUUUUUCUUUCUUUCUUUCUUUUUUUUUGAACAUCUUGUCCUGAAGCAGAGUGACAUAGCAAUAAACGAGUGGUGCUCCUGUUCUGGGCGGCUCCGUCGGCGUCGGACCCUCGGGGCUUCGGCGGAGUUUCAUCCUGUUAGGAGAGAAUAUUUUGAAAUAAAAGAAAAAGUCCAUCACACAUACCUGCCAUCCCCCGCCCCUCUUUCUGUCUUUCUUUCUUUUAGCGUAAAUAGAACAAAUGUGGGGUUUUCUGGGUCAAAGUUCAACGUGGUUAUAUUUGGGGUUUUAUGUGACGAAAUGAAACGAAGCAUGAUUGUGAUGUUGAAAAGAUUCUGUGGUUUCUAAAGUUUUUAUAACCCCCAAAAAUCUGAGGAAACAUGGCACGCAUAAGGUCAAUACGUUCACAGUUUAUUUAGGUGUGGACUUUGACUGGUCCGUCCUAACACACCAGUAUAUUUGGUGUGUUAGGCUAUGGACAUCCUGGUGGCUAUUUGUGGCCCUUGGACAGAUUUUUCUUUGUAAUCAGGGUAAAAUUAUUACCGACAUCAGUGGAAAAUGUUAAGCAGGACGCAAAUUAUUUGUGUUAACUAAGCCUUUUAUAACCGACACUUUUACUGAAAUGUUGACUUUGCUGCGCCCAAAUGGGCUUUUACUGAAUUUACUAAACUUGGCUAAAUAUAGCAAAUAGUUUAGAAUAAUUUGUUUCAAUUGAGCCCAAAAGAAAUGGAAAACUUUUAAUCCAGAAAACGCUCAGAAUUCCUUUCAAGUUUCAGAUCUGUAAUGAAAACCAUCCGUUUUAUACAAAAAGGUUUAAAUAAUUUAUUUGCUAAUGUUAAUUUUUUUUUUUUUUUUGAGUUCUCAGAGUAAUAUUAACUUUUGACCCACAUGACUAAAACUUUGGACACCCCUGAUCUAAACUAUUGGAUCUUAGCUCCUCCUAGAAGAUGGUGAACUUUCUAACCUUCUUCUCAAGCCUUCUUCAAUACUACUAGCUUCUCCAUUUAAGCCUAAGAAACCUUCCCCACAGCAUGAUGCUGCCACCACCAUGUUUCGCUAUUGCGAUGUUUGUGGCAGGCCUAGGCGUCAGCAACCAAUUUAUGCAUAACAUUUACACAGAGAACGACAGUGUAAAAAAAAAAAAAACUUCUUUUGUCAGUCUGUUGCAAACUAUGUUCUUUUUCUAUAAAAUUUGAAAGAAAUGUAUUAACUCUGAAACAAAAAUCUAAUUUCAUUUUGUUCUGUAAUUUAAAAAUACAAACACAUUCCCUAUUGUAUGUGUGUUCUGAAGAGUCAUGUUGCUUUUGUGACUCUAAAAUAAGUUUUGUUGGGCAGAAAUGGCUCUUAGGGUUGGACCAGUGGUUUAGGGAAAUGUGCUGCAGUUUUCCAAUGUGGCUUUUUUACAUUUUGCCCCCCAAAAUGUUCAAUUUUUUGGUGUCACCUAAACAGAACACCUUCUGUUGCAAGUCUCCCUGAGCACACUGCAACUUCUUAUUUUGGGCUUUAUUUUGACAAACGGUUAGCAUUCCCGAGCGCCGCUUCAAUGCGUCCGGUUUUGGAAGUACUUUUUAAAGCGCUCCGUGUGUGUGUGUGUGUGUCCAUCUGUACACCUUUGUGUGUGUGGGAGGUCGCCAGGGGCACGUGGCAGUGUUAAAUACAACUGCUGUGUCAGGAAGUGAAAGGUCAGCAUUUGUUGGAGUGGUGGGACCAGUGAAACCGUUCGGCCUCUUCAUUUGACCUGUCGUUCAAAACCAUAAACCAGGAGAGUCCAAACUUUUCCUCACAUGGGCCAAAAUCGUCAAGUCAAAAGGAGUUGAGAGUCAAAAAAACAUUUUCUGUUACCAACUAGCCAUGCAACACUUUAGUUAAAUAAAGUAUAACUACAUAGCAUCAGAGUUGUUGCUAGAAAUGGACGUUCGCAACUUAAAAACUUUGCCUAAUUGAAAGCAAUUUUAGACAUUUUCUAUUUAUCAAUUUGAAAAAGUGUAAGUUAGUCAAUUCUGAGCAGUAAAAAUCAGGACUUAGGUCACUCUUUUUUUUUUUUUUAAUAGGCAUGCCGUCUUUAGUCGUGUUUGUUAAAUUAGUUAAAAUCUGAUUUUCGGUGCAGCAAAGUUUGCUUUUGGGUAAAAGUCGCCGGUCCUCGCAACACAGCGCAAAAAGCGUGGUUACUCAAAGACGAGCACUUUGUGUCGAAAGGCGAUGUUUUCUACUGUAAGAAGAUUUCGCUUAGUCUGUGAUCAUUUUGACCCAAUUAAAAAUAAUAAGUCUCCAUCUACAUCAAACCCCUGCGGUGAUCGACCACAUUUGAUGUUUUCCAUUGUAGCAUCUACAAGAGGACGGAAUACAAACAUUUUUAUUUGUGUUGUGUUCAUGGAUCCUCAUCACAAAGGGACGAACUGAUGGGAUUUAAACCUACAGAAGUGCUAAAGCAGCGAACAUUAGAAACAAAUACAGCAGUUUUAGUGUCUUAACAAGGUCUUUUGAUAUAAAUUAAGAACAGCGCAUUCAGUUUCUAUUUGCUCCCAAAAUGUCUGCCUGUUUGUAAAAUAAAUGAUAACCUCUGAUUCCACUGUUUUGGCUGUGACAUGCUGGGUGGAUCAGGGUGAGGUCGCCUCCUUGUGGCCGUGUCACUCCAUAGGUCAGCAGCCUAACUGGUAUUCUUUUCUUUCUGUCCUUUUUUUUUGUUUUUUUGUAAUUUUAGCUCUCUCUUAUUAAAUAAAAUGUAUCUAGACUGGGAAAAUCUCAACGAGAUAACUUGUUUGUUCUAUACACAUCUACCAAUCUGUGUAAAACUGCUUCGCUGUGCGGCUGCACAGUUACAAAUUGUGUUUGAUUCCGUUUUAGACGAGAGAGUGAAGUAGUUUUCCUGAAUGCAACGCUCCGUAUUUAUGGAGAGGAAAGAAAAAAUUAUUUUGAUUUUUAAAAUGCACAUCAUGACCAAAGAAGAAAACACAAACAAACAAAAAGAACAACAGAGCAAGACAAAAUACAGACAAAAUUGCAAGCACAUUUGCUAGUGUGGU